AUGGUCCGCGGCCUCCGCCCCACGAUCCACACGGCCUCGACACACCACGAGGUCGGCCACGCCUCCUUCCACGAGACCAUCAAGCCCGCAUGGGGCGCGGCGCGUAUCCCCCCCGAAUACCAGCGCACUCUGGUGUGGGACGAGGACGAGCAGCGGUGGCUCAACGUCCCGGCCCACUUGGGGAUCACGAAGGCUGAUCUCGCCGGUAUCGUGCCAAUGGUCGGGUAUGGCGGCAGCGGCAGUGUGGCAUCUGGAUGUGGAUCUGGGCCGGGUGCCGCCGGAACGGCCGACGGCGUCAACCUCAGCCUCGGGGUUGCCAUGGGUCUCGGCCUGCUCGGCAUGCCUGGAUCCCGUAACGGCUCGCCCAUCGAGGGCACACACAACGGCCCAUACGGUUCGGCAUUCUACACCGACCGCCUGUAUGACCCGCUCGAGGGCGACCUGACGUCCGAGGACAGUAUGAGCGAGACGUGUUCGAGCCUCGCGUCGGAAAUGGGCAUCGAGGCGGACGAGGAGAUGGACGCGCACAUGUCCUCGGAGCUCGGAAGGAUGGGCCUUGGUGCGCCGGGUGGCGACGUGGGCGUGGGCGUGGGCGCAGGCGAUGUGGACAUUGAGGCCAUCUUGAGCAUGUUCAACCCGGAAGAGCGGAGUCAGGUCAGCGCAAUGCUCUUCUCCCCACCAGUCAAGCGUACCCAGGAGCUGGAGCCGGACAACACGCAUGCCAGCCUCCUCCCUCCGUCCAAAAGGGCAAAGUAUCAGAACCACCCCCUGCCGUACGGAUACGCCCAGUACCCUUCGUCGUCGGCCUCCAACACGCCCUCGCUGUCCCCUGAGCCACAGCCCAGGCAGCAGGCGGACGAGCUGGACGACGAACCACUCACGCCCACACCUGCACGCUACGCCGCACAGCACCAGUACAGCAGGACCAAAACCACCAAGACCCAGGCCAAGUCCCACCAGGCCAGGCUCCAGGAUGCCGAGUCUGCGCUCUGGACCAGUGGCUGGGGACACAGCAUGGACGAGUUUCUCGUGUCCACUGCGGCGGCCAACUGGGCCGCUGCGGGCGGGGCGCAGCGGUACGCCAAGGCUGCAGCCAGGAAGCGCUAG